AUGGAGUUUGAAGAUGUGAGCCCGCCAAAGGUCACCAGAGCCAAUGAGGUAUACACUGAAUGCAAGAGACUGGCGAUAUUGGCCUUCUUUGCGAUAUGGGGAGUGUUGGCAAGGAAGGGACUCCAGAACUUGACGAGCUACGAUGGCUCGUACCUGGGAGGCAUCAUCUGGUGCAACUUUGGUGCGUGCGUGCUGAUUGGCAUGCUGAAUGAGAGCCAGGCAGCCUGGGCCGACAUGGCCCAGCCUAAGGGCCAGCUGAUGCUCUACGUUGGUGGAACCACUGGGUUCUGUGGGACGUUCUCCUCCUUCAGUACGAUGGUUCUGGACGCUUUCUACAAGAGUGCCAACGUGGACCUCGGCGUGCCUUACGACUACCCGAACCCAGCGUAUGGCAUCAUGGAAUGCCUGUCUGUGUUCAUCGCUCAAAUGGCGUUGUCGAUUUCGGGCUACACCUUUGGAAGACAUCUAAUCAUGCACUAUGACCCUCCUCUGCCCUUUGGCACGGUGCCGUUGUGGGAGACCGUUAUCGCCAUUGCUGGUAUUGCAUGUUGGAUCGCUGCUGCGUGCCUGAUGGCGAUACCUAGUGGUAGAUCGUGGACGUUUGCUGCUGUGAUGUCGCCAAUUGCGUGUUGGAUGAGAUACUACAUGAGUAAAUGGUUGAAUCCAAAGCUCCAGCAGUUCCCAUUGGGCACGUUUUCGGUCAACUUCAUAGCUACGAUCUGUCUGGCUAUUAUCGUCAUUUUGAACCGUGGUGAGACCAAAUCUGGGUCUCGGGUGGUGAACACUAUACUCUCUUGUCAUAUCCUCCAAGGUCUCGAUGAUGGAUUCUGCGGCACUCUCUCUACAGUGAGUACGUUUGUCUCAGAAUUACACUCUUUGAGGAUAACAAAGGGCUACAUCUACGCAUUCACGAGCAUUUCGGUGUGUUUUUCUCUAAUGAUUAUCAUCUUGGGGUCUUAUACUUGGACUAUGGCACUUGUUGACCCACUAUGUUCAUGA